UUGGCUCUGCUCCUUGCCGCGACCAUAUUGGGCGUCCGUCUAUUCACCGUCCUGCCCUCGAGCUCAAGACAGCCACGCAGGCGCCGCUCGCCAGAUGACAAGUGCCCAACCGCUCUCUUCUUAGGAUCAGGAGGUCACACCACCGAGCUUCUACUGCUGCUGCGCUCCCUUGAUCCACAACGAUACGUGUCGCGGAGCUACUACAUUUCAUCAGGGGACGACUUCAGUCGAGCGAAAGCCAUUGCGUUCGAGCAAGAGUGGGCUGGCGAGAAGGCCUCUGCCUAUACCAUCGUGGCCCUCCCUCGCGCUAGGGCCGUCCAUCAAUCAUGGCUGUCCACGCCGCUGAGCACUAUCCUCUGCUUCGUAGCAUGCGCUCGACGACUCGUAUUGCCUCAUCUCAGCCGAAGUAGGGAUCCCUCAAUACCUGCUCCGCCAGAGCUCAUCCUGAUGAAUGGUCCAGGCACAUGCGUACCGCUCGUAGCCGCAGUCUACGUCAAUAGGAUCUUAUCUCUCCCCUCACCUCGCCUCAUUUACGUCGAAUCCUUUGCCCGUGUCAAGUCCCUCUCCCUCACCGCUCGCAUUCUGCGGCCAUUCGUCGACGAUUUUGUCGUACAGUGG